UGGCUACCCAGUGGCCCCGCUGCUCCCAUGGAUCCGCUGAACCUGUCCUGGUACGAUGACGAUCUGGAGAGCCGGAACUGGAGCCGGCCCUUCAACGGGUCCGAAGGGAAAGCCGACAGGCCCCACUACAACUACUACGCCAUGCUGCUAACCCUGCUCAUUUUCGUCAUCGUCUUCGGCAACGUGCUGGUGUGCAUGGCCGUGUCCCGCGAGAAGGCGCUGCAGACCACUACCAACUACCUGAUCGUCAGCCUGGCUGUGGCCGACCUCCUGGUGGCCACGCUCGUCAUGCCCUGGGUGGUCUACCUGGAGGUGGUGGGCGAGUGGAAAUUCAGCAGGGUUCACUGUGAUAUCUUUGUCACUCUGGAUGUCAUGAUGUGCACAGCAAGCAUCCUGAACCUGUGUGCCAUCAGCAUCGACAGGUACACAGCCGUGGCCAUGCCCAUGCUCUACAACACGCGCUACAGCUCCAGGCGCCGAGUCACCGUCAUGAUCACCAUCGUCUGGGUCCUGUCCUUCACCAUCUCCUGCCCGCUGCUCUUCGGACUCAACAACACAGACCAGAACGAAUGCAUCAUCGCCAACCCCGCCUUCGUGGUCUACUCCUCCAUCGUCUCCUUCUACGUGCCCUUCCUCGUUACCCUGCUGGUCUACAUCAAGAUCUACAUCGUCCUCCGCAGGCGACGCAAGCGGGUCAACACUAAGCGCAGCAGCCGGGCUUUCAGGGCCAACCUGAAGGCCCCGCUCAAGGGCAACUGCACUCACCCUGAGGACAUGAAACUCUGCACCGUUAUCAUGAAGUCUAAUGGGAGUUUCCCUGUGAACAGGCGGAGAGUGGAGGCUGCCCGCCGAGCCCAGGAACUGGAAAUGGAGAUGCUCUCCAGCACCAGCCCGCCCGAGAGGACCCGGUACAGCCCCAUCGCGCCCAGCCACCACCAGCUGACCCUCCCCAACGCAUCCCACCACGGCCUCCACAGCACACCUGACAGCCCUGCCAAACCAGAGAAGAACGGACAUGCCAAAGACCACCCCAAGAUUGCCAAGUUCUUUGAGAUCCAGACCAUGCCCAAUGGCAAAACCCGGACCUCACUCAAGUCCAUAAGCCGCAGGAAGCUCUCCCAGCAGAAGGAGAAGAAAGCCACCCAGAUGCUCGCCAUUGUUCUCGGCGUGUUCAUCAUCUGCUGGCUGCCCUUCUUCAUCACCCACAUCCUGAACAUACACUGUGACUGCAACAUCCCGCCCGUCCUGUACAGCGCCUUCACGUGGCUGGGCUAUGUCAACAGCGCCGUGAACCCCAUCAUCUACACCACCUUCAACAUUGAGUUCCGCAAGGCCUUCCUGAAGAUCCUACACUGCUGACCCAGCUGCCCACCUGCACAGCAGCCUGCUUCCCAACCCCCUGCCCAGUGGCCCUGCCUCGGGCCCUGGGAGCCGUGGGCAGGGUGACACAGGGCAGACUCGGCCUCCUCCUCGUCCGCAGGCCCUGUGGCGUUAGCUUGGCUCCACGGCCCUCACUGACCGCACACCCUCGCUCUGCCAGGGCAGUGCUAGAGAGCCAGGCACAGUGCCAGCCCUCGGGCCGGACCCCUGGCUCAGAGGCAGCUCACGGAGCCCCCUCCCACUUCCAGACCCUCUCUCCUUGGCACCAAAGACACAGCCGCCUUCUCUGACCUUUCUCUGGGGCUCUGGGGUUGCUGGGCCAGUGUCAAAGCUCAGAGGCCCUGCUGGCCUGGUCUUCACAGGCCUGUGCUGGAGCGGGCAGUGGGGAGCGAUGGACAGUUCACACCCCCCAAGGCCUACACCAGGGAAGCCAGAGCUCUUGCCAAGGCCCCAGGCAACUUCAGGCCAGGGAGACCCAUGUACAUACCAGGUCUGAAUGGACCCCAGAGAAGCCCAAGCCCAAAACUUCACCCCUUCUCCCCCUCCGAGCCUGGCAGGAGCUGCUACUCCCACCCACAGCAGUGGGUCCCGACCCCACCCAGCUCCCCGUGAGGUUUCCAUACUCCAAGAGCCCAGGAGGGUCUGCGGGGAGAGGACCACCCCUAUCCUAAGCCCACUCUGCUGCGCCCCGACGGACGUGGGUGCCUCUCUGUAGCACAUGUCGGGCCAACCUGGGAGAGCUGGCAGGGAAGGCGGGCACGUGACCUGUCUGGGGCUUGGUUGGGGGUGUCUGAGGUCCUAUGGGAGACUGUUCCUGACACCCUCUGCCGCAAACCACGUCCUUUUCUCUCCCUUUCGCCUCUCCGCUCUCCAGUCCUCUUGCCCCCUUUUCUUUCCACUGCCUCCGCCUUAGAGGAGCCCAUGGCUAAGCGGCUGCUGAAUACCGUUCGGCCUGCCCUGGCCCUGCCAGAGGGAGGAGGGGAAGCUGCAGCUUGGGGGAGCCCCCAGGCCCCAAACUCUGUAACAUCACUACACAUGCUCCAAACUAAUAAAACUUUGACAAGAGUCACAUCCAGGGCCCCUCAAGCGGAGGGUGCAGUGUCACCUCCAGUCUCUGCAUCCGGUGUGGCC